CGCUCCAUUGUGCCCUCACUCGAGCCGCGCAACGCGCAGCACGCGGACCGGCAAACGUGACGUUCUCUCAGCCGCGUUUACAAUACAGCUUGUAUAUCGGGCGAUUUUUCGACUAUUCUCCUGAAUUUUCGAGGAACCAUGGACGACGAGCUCGACUGAACCGAGUCGAUACGGAUAGUGUGCGCAAGAGCGAAGAAAGUGUCCGCAGAUAAAAUCAGGAGUGAAAGAAACGAAUUUGAAUUUUUUUUUCAUAGAGAAAAACUUUGAUCAACUUGAUAAAACUGAAGACGCAACAGCGUCGGCAAACAAGAAGACGGAAAUCCUGCGAAGAAAUUUAAAACUCCCCGUUGAUGAGCAGCGGCAAACUCGCGCCGCAAACUUCCGAGACAGCAGCAGAAGAAGAAGAGGAGGUCGCCGGCGACAGGUGACGGGCGCGUUGUUCUUCUCUUAACUGAUUGACCGAGACACGACAACGAUGAGGGACUCGAGGUUCGCAUCGGCUCUGCUGGUGCUACUGGUGAGCGGAGGAGUUUUCUCGGCUGUGGUGUUGCCCAGACCGCCAUCUUCGCCGAACUACAUUCCCCAGGAGUACGCUGGAAUCGGUCAGGAGGUGGCUAAGGGAUACAACGCGGAGAAGGCGAUGUACCAGAGCACCAAUGUCGAGAAACCCGAUACUCAGGAUUACAGGUUCCUCGAGAUCGAGGUGCGCGACGCCGACAACGUCGACUCCCUGGACCUGCACGGUCUGGUCCAGGCGGUUCUCGACAACCGCAACAACCCCCAACACUCGCUCCAGUCGCCUCUGCUGAACCACCACCGUCUAGACCUGGCAGCCGAGGACGAGGACGACGAACUGGAGGAGCGUCGCAACCAGACCUAUCCUCAUCCGGAGGUCGUUCCACACUCGAUUUUGGGUGUCCGCGACGUCGGAUUCGGUCCCAGCCAGAGACUCUUUGAGCCCACGUCGCUGGAUCUCGCCGGAAGGCCUCAGCACUACCUGAUCAGUCCGCCCCAGGCCACGAAGAACCUGGGCGACGAGAAGAUGUACUAUCUCAAGAGCGGCAGACCCAAGGUGUACGUGAACUUCAGGGGAAAGACCGGUAAUUUCAGACAGGACACCGGCGACUCAAGGGUCACCAUGAGGUUCGAGCCGGCGGCUUUCUUGAGGGCUACCCAGCCUUAUCACAUGGAAAAGAAGACGAAGUCUCCGAAAUCCCCACCGAAGAAGUACAACCCAAGACUCCACGGCUCGACGAGCAGUCUAGACCAAACGACGGAGUCCACAGCGUCGACGUCGUCAGCCACGACGACGGCCUCGACGACAACGGAAAACGCGAUGGUGACGUCGAGCGAAUUGCCGAAACAGAUCCCAGCACCGCCGAGUCGAAUCCCGUCCCGGUCGCCCAUCGCCCACACGACGCCCGUCCAGAGGUACACCGCGCGCAGGACCGAUAUCUUGCCCGGCUACGCCUUCGCCGAUUCGUAGACUCAAAGGAAGAGAUAAGAGGACGUGGAUCUUCGAUCGCGGCAGACGCUAUGCUGCGUAAGAAGGCUUCGUUAUUGUGCAGUAUUGGCAGAUGAUAAGGACUCGUUUCCACGUUUUCGACGAGUUUUUAUUGUAACAAAAUUGCAAAGUACUGCCUGCAUACAAUGUAAAACAUUAAUCGUAAUUGAACGCAUAGAUAAGUCCACUUUAUUUAUAAUUGAAAAUAUUUCCGACAAUGGCAAUUUAUUGGAGGCGUUAGAUUCUUCCGUGCAUUUUUCGCAGUCAUGAAAUACGAAAUCGUUUUGGGAAUCCUCAAAUAAUUUUGGAAGUGUACAUAGAACAGAAAAAUGUGCUUAAAAGAUAUCCCGGCAAUUUUGAACGUACUAAUAAUUACAAAAGUAUUCGCACGUAAUAAUAUUCCAUUUAGUUGAACGUAGCGGUUCGUAAAGCAAAUUUAUUUAAAAGAUGUGUUUUCUUUAUUGGUGCGUUUAUUAUUAACUUGUUAAUUUCUUAUAUAUUUUAUUGUGCGUACUAUAUUAUUGCGUUUAAAUUUAUAUAUUUUAUUAUUGGUUAUCGCGAAGAAUAUUCGUUGAUACCUAGAAGAGACGAGUGUAAGAAAGAAUAAUUAUUUUUAAUAAAUCUUACGAUACAAGUACUGUUUGGGUGAACAUUUGUAUUGGCGAUGUUAAAGAUCGGUCUUUGUCGUUUGUUGUAUUUACAUGAAACGAAAAUUUCGGUAUGAAAUAGAUACGGAUUUUAUAAAUCUAUGAUGUAUCAGUUACUUGGACCAACCAAUAAUUUUAGCUGUGAUUCCAACAUAGAUUUAUUUUAUACGCGUUGAUGAAAACAUAUCUUGUACGAAAACUACCUGGUACUUAUUUAUAGAUUUAAAGGCGGCUGAUGUAUUAUAGAAAAAGUUUUAAUAUAUUGAAUACCCAGAAGCUAAUGUAUCGGAAUCGAUAAUUACGAUGAAAUUACGUUAACCAAAUAAAGUUUAAAUAGUUUUUAAAGUUUAUCGUAA